GUCUGUGUUGAUAUGGUUUUGGAACAGUUUCGUAAAAGUAUUGUUCACGUUAGAGAAAUUCUAUUAGAGGCUGUGGCAUUGAUUGGUGCUGAAGACUGGACAAAAACCAUUGAAGCAAAUAAGGCGCUAGUGUCCAGCUCGCGUCAAGACUUGCUUCAUCAAGAAAGUAAAGGCAAAUAA